AUGGAUCGUGUCAGCAAUCUACCAGACGAGCUUCUUUAUCAGAUAUUGUCCUUCCUUCCCACAAAGGAUGCUGCUGUGACUUCGGUUCUCUCAAAGAGAUGGCUCAAUCUGUGGAAAUUUAAUCCUAAUCUUGACAUUGAUGACACUCUCUUUCUCCAUCCUGAAGAUGGUAAGGGAGAAAGGGCAGAGAUUAGACAGAGCUUCGUCGACUUCGUGGACAGUGUAAUUGCUAGGCAGGGUGAUUCUCCUAUCAAGAAAUUCUCCCUAAAGUGUAUCACUGGUGUCCAUCCAGACAUUGUGAAUCGUUGGAUAUGCAAUGUGCUGAAGCGUGGUGUUUCUGACCUUGACCUCUUCACUGAUUUUUCCAACGAGGAUAAUUAUAGUCUGCCUAAGAGUUGUUCUUCAGCAGUACACUCGUUAAGCUAA